AUGGUGCAGGACCUGUGCGCCUACCUGCAGGUCCAGGAGCUGGAGUCCACGGCGAGCUUCCCGCAGGAGAUGGAGAACUUCAAGUCCGUGCUUCAGAGGGUGGAGGAGUACAACUCGGUAAGGCUGAAGCUCACGGCGGAGAUGGCGGACAGCGCAAAUCUGGUCAAGGCGCUCAUUGUCAAGGCUGAGGACUACAGGAUGCUCUCUGACAUGGCCAACUUGAAGAAGGUCAUAUCGGGGCUGCAGCAAACCAACGCCGAGCUGAUCGCCGAGUACAACAAGCGCUCAAACAACCACGCCGCGCUGUUCCAGCAGCUGAAAGAGGUCAACAUGAUGAUACAGAGGGCGUCCAACCUGCGCCGCGGCGGCGCCAAGACGCGGGUCGUGGCCGCGUGCCGACAGGCCACCCGUGCGACGGGCGUCGCGACGGGCGUUGCGAUUGUACUUCAGCCAGAGACGGGCGACCAAACAUUCCAGAGCAGGGUGGUGCAGUGCCUCGCGAACUUCGCGAUCUGUGUGCUCGGAGUGCUGGAAUCGAGGCCUUCCCUGGAGCUGGUGCUCCUGGUGCUGGCGGUGCUCCUGAGGCACUUCCUCGUGCUGGUGGUCGGUGCUCGGCGCAUGGCACUCGCGGGAGGAGCGCGGACCUUCCUAGCGAAGCCGGUCUUGGCGGAUUGCUCCAUGGAGUGGUACAUGGUGGUGCGGAUCCUCCUGGUGAGCUCUCUCAUUGUGGGGUGGAUGUUUGCGGGAGUUUACCUGGAGGUGCAGAUCGUGUUGGUGAAGGGGUCCUUGAAGGUCUACCUGAUGCUGCGGAUCUGCCGGGUGGCGUAUUUCCUGGCCGUGUAG